AGCUGCUUGGACAGGCAAGCAAGCGUUUGCUGCGCGACACACACACACACGAAAGGCAAAAGGAGCGCUGUGAAUCACUCUUGUUUUGUAGACGGUUGCGAUCUCUUCUUUUUAUACAUCAGCCACAUCGUUCGGCCUACCGCACACGCAAUAGAAAUAUAUAUGUUUUACAUGGUCUUUUCUGUUCAAGGUGACGUGUUGCUCUGCUGCCUCCCACUCCGCCCUGGAAUGCAUGCUGCGUGCACGUAAUACCUCGCAGCACCCCCGCGUGUCCAUUCAAAGAGAGAGUACACAAUAGAUCAAGAGAAUUAUCUACAUAGACUUCGUAGCAAUACCCAUUUUUUUUCUGUUUUCUAAACUUCCCGAGCUCGCUCUUUUUUGUUGUUGUUGCUGCCUAACCGCUUUCUCGCGCCCACAUAUGUCACACGCAGAGGUGGCACACGGUGCGGCGGACCAACGCUCGCAGGAGCGACGACCUCCCGGCGUCUACCGCGCGGUGACAGAUGCGCACACGACUGGCUCAUCAAGCUCAGCAACGGCGGCAACAACAGCGGCAGCAGCGGGGACUUCCUCAGUACACGAAAACCAAGUGCUGUCGAGCAACGUCGACCCCUCUGCGGCGGAUGCGCGGCACCGCUUUUAUCAACUGCGUGCCCUGCGCCGCGAGAUGUGCGGGCGUCCUUUCAUGCUCGACAGCGGCGGCCACAACAGCGAGCAACUUUUGUCUGCGCCUUCCGCGAUGUCAACCUCCCCCCCGCUCAUCCAUCUACGCCCGACAUCGCUCCCGGCUCCGACGUCGUAUGGACUGCCGCUGGAUCGUCUCCCCAUCGAGGACUCCGCCACCCGCUACAUUCUGCGCACCGCUGCCGCAGAGCGGGCCCUGCGUCACCAGCAGGCCGACAACGACAGCCUGAAACGGCUCGUCCUCACACACCGACAGGAGGCGGACGACCUGCGUCAGCAGCUGGAGCGGCUUUCCCUAGAGUUGGCUGCAUCGAGUCAGACGGUGCUGCGGCAGACCGCCACGAUGCGAUCACUGACUUCAGAAAUGGAGAGGCACGACGCGUACCACCUCAUCAAGGAACGGCGUGCGAGUAGCGCGGACACGCUGCCGCCCUCGUCAACCGGUGAGCAAAGUGCGGCCGGGGUGAAAGGGUCGCAACGGACAGAGGCACUUGCUGCGGAGGUGGCGCAGCUCCGGAGAGAAAAGGACGUAGUCGAAGAACAACUCCACUUGUUAACACAGCAGCAACAGCAAGAACAGAAGCGGAAGAGCAAAGGUGGCCCUCGUGACACCAGCGCUGCUGCUAUCGAGGCCAUUGAACGCGAUGAAGAUGAACUUGCAGCCGAAGAUGAAGAGAGGCGCGGCACUUCGCACGAGGCGCACACCAGCUGGUUCCCCUUCGCAGCGGAAGAACUCGAACGACUGGUGCAGACGUUUGGCCGCGUGUUGAGCGGCGCGGCGCCGCGGAGCUACACGCGUUCCGCCUCUCCACCCUUUCUGUCAUCUUUGUUCUCGUGCGACGUCGAUCUCGUGAUGGAGGUGACGCUGAGCGAUCUGUCCUUCACUGCGACCUCUUCUGUGGGUCGGCAACUCGGCCACAAUAGAAAUGCGACAUCUUCUUCACACGACAACCACGGCGUGCUAUCGGUGUGCGGACCGUACGACAGGAGCCACCUCUUACUUAGCGUACAUCUUGCCAACCCACAUGUGCUGUCGGUGCCUCCAGUACAUCGACGUCCUCGGUCGCAGGAGCCGCUGUCUACCCGCUGCUGCUUCUACGCCCUGCCAGACACGCAGGGAGUGCUUACCUUCGGCUUCUUUGAAACGGCAGAGGACGAAACGAAAUCGCCUGCUUCGGGUGCUGCGGGUGACGCAGCGACUCCGACCGCCACCGCCACCGUUCCCGUGCGCAGCCUCAUUGCCGCCGCCACUACAACUUCUUGCUCCGAGCAGGGUGUGGGCCGAGGCAAUAGCGGCGUGUCCACGGUCCACACCAUCCACUUACACACGGACGGGUAUUCCGCGUCGUGUGGGGCGGCAACGCUUGUUGCAUGUGUAACAGCCGUACAGCGCACCGCCACCCCUGACCGUGUGUACCACAGUCGCCAGAAUGCAUGGAACACGGAGCGCGCGGACGACAAUGUGCGCGGCGGCCCUCUCUCCUCAUCCACUGUGCAAGCCACGGUGCCGGGUGCGAUGGCAGAGGCAGCAGCAGCAGCGGAGAGAUCGACGCACAGGCACCAGCGGGCGCCGCUCAUGUCGCCUUCUCGCGAGGAUGGGGCGGCCGGCUCGACACGACGUCGCCUCACGCCGCUCUCCUCUUCGAUGUCGUCGACGAGGACGACACCACCGUCGCACCAGGCCUUACCGUUGGUGGCCGAGGGAACACCACGAAGGAGUUCUUCUCCCGCAGUACCCAGCAGCGUUGCGGCUCUUGAGAAGGUGAAGAACGGUGAGACGACGAAAGCAGAGAAUGAUGAGGGCGUAAAGGCGAAUGAUGCCGGCAAACUUAGUCAACUGAAAGGAGCCGCCCUCAAUGCGAAGUCAACACCUGACGACGAUUCUUCUUCUGAAGCAGCGCAGCCCCUUAAAGGAGAGGAGGCUCAACCUUCUCAUCCUCUGCGCGCGCCACCAGCAACGACAGUUCCCCUUCCCCCGCUCGUCCGUGUCCCCACCCCGCCUGCCAUCACCGUGCCGUCUGCACCGCCCGCGAAGAUACGCAUCUACGUGAAGUCACUGCGUGAUUUCCACAGCAGCACCUCUGAGGAGGUGGAGGACUUGCUGGAGCACUGCGCGGUGCAGGUGGGCGUUUACCUUGGGCCGACACAGGUGCUUGCUGCACCUCCACGGCGCAACCCGUCGCAUGCGGUGUGGGGUGCGGAGGAUGGGACCUGCAGCACUGCUGUAUCGGUCGAGCAAGACAUACGGUUCGAAGUUCGAGAUGGCUCAACGGCGGCGGCGGCACAUGCGUUGGCUCAGGCCGUCGUGCGGGUCUCUGAUGUCUUGGGAAACUGGGGCGAGAGGGAUCUGGCGGUGAUGUCUGUGACGGACAGUGCCGUGUGUGGAACGCUUACCGUGUGCUUCUCCUCACUCGACGAGAAAGAAUGCUGA